GUUUAUCUUGCUCGGAAUUCAACUACUCUCUCUAGUCUUAAGUCCUUCCACAGAACCAUCGCACCGCCGACAACCUCACAGCUUUCCUCGAGACAGCUUAUCUUAUAUCAAAAACUGGUUUAAGAAGCUCUGAACACGAUUGUUGUCUCUGUUUAUGUGAUCGUUUCGUGGAGUAAAAUUUCAGUGGAAAUUUAAUGGCUACCAACAGAAGCAACAUUACCCUUGAGAAAACGAACGAAGAAGAUUGGACGCCUGUUCCUGCUUCCCACUGCAUUUCAUGGCUUGUUGUGUUCGGCAUUGAAUGUUUGGCGGUAGUCAUUCUCAAUGCUAUUACAUUUAUUGUAUUCGUAAAGCAGCGUCAGCUACAUAGGAAGAGUACCUACUUGAUCAUCAAUCUUGCCAUAGUCGAUUUCUUUGUCGGGGCGGUUAAUGGGCCUUUACUUAUUGAGCUCUUUGGGAGCAGUUUCUGUGAUCUUUGGGAAUCCGUCAGGCCUGAUAGUUUCUGGUUACUCAUAUCAGAAAUUUCCCUUGGGCAUAAUAUUUAUAAAAACUCGUUUCUUAAUCUCGCUUUUAUUUCAUUAGAACGAGCACAUGCAACGUUUCGUCCGUUCAAGCAUCGUUUUGUUGAGAAAUGGGUUUAUGGAGUGAUGAUAUCAGUCACUUGGUUAGUUCCUGUAGUCAUGACGGCUACAUAUUAUGGACUGUUGAUCAGGUUUCACCUCGGCGCUAAAAUAAUUUCUGCGUACUUCUCAUAUUUCUCUAUUCAUCUUUUUGUAAUAUUUGUAUGUUAUGUUUCUAUUUUUAUAAAAGUUCGUCGUCGUCGUCUUCCUCGACAUCAUGGUGCAGCAAGUCUGAGGGAAAGAAAACUGACGAGUACAUUGUUUCUUAUCACCUUUGAAUCGUUGCUAACUUUACUGCCAGGGGUGGUAUACUAUGGUCUGGAGUCUUUUAAUUCUAAGCUAAGACUUGCCUUUAGUAAUCCUAUCUAUAUUUACAUGGUAUUAUCUACACUUAACGUGUUAAACUCACUGAUAAAUCCUAUAACUUACGCCAUAGUGAUGCCAGAACUAAGAGCAGGCAUAUUACAAAUAAUAUUUCGCCGGGCUCCGCGCGGCUCAAAUGCGGUCAACAUUCCACUUCAAGAUCGUUCAUUUAUAUGUUGAAAGAAAGAAAGAAAAAUGAUGGAAAGAAAGCGAGGGUUGGUUUUUUAUUAUUCUUUUUUCAUUAUAAUUUCACUCAAAUUGACCGGCAAGAACAGCACAGUUGAAGCAAAAGAGGAAAAUUUUACUACGCUUCAAUAUAAAGAAGGCUUCUUUAUAUUGCUAACACAGGUCUAUGGUAUCAAAUGAGUUUUGAUGAUGAUUGGGCUGUAAUAAUGAAAUAGCUGUGUAACUUGUAAUUCGAAUAAUUAAAAAAAAUGCACUUUGAUUGAUCUGGGCUCUAUGAAAAUGUUUUGCGCUAAGGCACAACACAAUUAAAGGUCUUUGCCUGGAUCAGUGAUUAUUUUAUUUCAAUACUGUUGUUUCCAUGUAGACCUCCUGCCACUGUUGUAACGGAAACUGAAAUUAAACU